AGUUGCCUUUAACAUUUGUGAGCAGGCGAGUCAAUUGCUGGACAAGGAGUUAAUUAAUUUUUUUUGCAAAACGUCUUUCUUUGGCCGCAUCAAACUUCAACCAUUAAUUAUGAGUGCUGGCAAGCAUUUGGCGAAAGGUUCUCCACGGCCGGCGUUGCCUGAUGAUGGUGUGCCCCGGCUAUAUUCUAUGCGCUUUUGCCCAUAUGCCCAGCGUGCUCAUUUGACGCUGAAUGCCAAAAAGGUGCCUCACCACAUCAUUUACAUUAAUCUAACGGAGAAGCCCGAGUGGCUGGUGGACUAUAGUCCUCUGCUGAAGGUGCCGGCACUGCAUUUGGUUGGCGAACGCAAUCAGCCGGCUCUGAUUGAGUCGCUCAUCAUUGUAGAAUAUCUCGAUGAGAAGUAUCCAGAGAAUCCACUGCUCCCCAAGGAUCCACUGCAGCGUGCCCAGGACAAAAUCCUAGUAGAGCGCUUUGGAGCUGUGACCAGCAACUUUAUGAAGAUUAUAGUGCACAAUGCAGAACCUGAUGAGCUCUGGACUGCUUUCGAUAUAUUUGAGGAGGAGCUGGGAAAGCGUGGCUCGGCCUAUUUCUCUGGCAGCAAGCCAGGCUUCGUGGACUACAUGAUCUGGCCCUGGUUUGAGCGUCUGCCUGUGAUCAAGUUUGUACUCGAGGAUCGCUAUAAUUUUGAUGUCAAACGGUUCGCCAAGCUCAAUGCCUGGAUUGAGCUAAUGUUGAAGGAUGAGUGGGUUAAGUCGUUCUAUGUCACGCCUGAGCAGCACGUGGAGUUCUGGCGCACCCGCAAAGCCGGCAAUGCCAACUACGAUAUGCUUGCUUGAGCCAUAAUCACAGAUUAAUCUCGUUGUUCCAUUCAGAUCC